AUGAACAUACUCGGCCCUUCAUUACUCGGCGAGGGGUUUCAAGAGCCCAUCUGCUCCGACACCUAUGGCGCUUCUGUCAGUGACUUCACUGGUAGAGUGUCUGCUGGAUCGGACCACAGGACCGUGGCGGUGCCUCGCAGCACCGACAGCCUCGUGGUGAAAACGCAACAAAGCUCACAAAAGUGGGAGGACCAGGAGGAGACCCUAAUUGAGCUUUACAUAUGUCGGGACAUGACCCUCAAGAGUGUUGUGAGCGUUAUGAAAGCCCAGGGUUUCCACGCUAGACAGUCUCGAGAUCGCUUUGAGGCCUGGCAUGUGCGCAAACAUCUGAAGCCCGAAGAGAAGCGCAUAAUUGCCCAGAUAUGGCUCUGGCGCAAGCAGAAAUGUGGCCAGGAGACGGCUUUUAUGGCGUGGAGUCGGCUCGUGUCUCAGAACAAGCUCAAGAGGAUAAUCAAGGAUCAUGGGGAGCCCUUGGGACCCGACGACCCAACUUUAAAGCCUCCGCCGUUCUGGCUGUACUACUGCACCCCUCCUUGGAUCAAUCCCUCCGACAGUUCGAUUAUGGUCACGCAGGACGGGUUCGGAGAAGUGGCAACGCCAUCGACGAGUAGUGACUUGGGAGAGUUGCUGCACGUCACAUCAGCAAACACUGUAACGGCGGCCGCCACAGACCGAGAGCUUUUCCAAUUUGCACCACCAGACCCUGUCAACCUGCCUGCUGUUCUGUGGCCCAAUCCCGAACAGGUAUCGCUAGGCGUGAAUUGCAUGCAUCAGCUUUUGCCAGCUGAGUCGGAGGAGGCAAUUACAUAUCCUCUAUGCUUUCGUUGCGGCUCGUGUGCCCUCCCGGCCGUGGUCUCUUUCGUCAACCCCGCGUCUAACCAGCAUCAGCAGACAGCUGAGGGCAUCCCGGAAUGGUUCCCAAACAACGAGGCGGGCGAGCUAGCGGUCGGUUUGGGGGGGCAUGCAGUCAACAUUUAUCCCAACAACUUGCAGCAACUCUGUGGGCAGUAUUUGUACUCGUUUCCGACAGCGUUCGUUCCUGAUGGUGGAUUCGACCAGCUUUCGGUGCAGGUGAACGCUCCCCGCCAGAUCGAGCUGUCGGGUGUGCAUGGGGACAGCCUCGGGGACCCCUCAGCUAUUCGAAUUAACAUAUUCGACGAAUCCGAGCUUCCCAGAAACCAGGUAAACAGGUAG